UGGGCACUAAUUGUAAGGAGAUUUUAUCGCUUCUCGCUCUCUUCUUUACCAGACAGGCGGGAGGCGGGCAUCCAGCACAGCAGGCAACACAGAAAUCACAGAACAAACAGCGAAAUACAAGUCCACUCAAAAUGUCUGAACCCGGAGGCUCCACUGCAAGAGCGAAAAUGAAAAAUAUAUCCUGUCGAUUCUGCUCUACCAAAGCCACUCUUCUCUACAACAUCUACAAGGAUGGGCCGUUAGGGAAACCAGUGGUGAAAAUUAAACACUGUAUCCCUCACUUCAAGAGAACCGAGGUGAUGAAUCUGUCCAAGUUCAUCUGCUACAAGUGCCUUGCAUUCGUUGAUGAUAUGGAAAAAUUCUUGCUGCGAGCCAAAACCGCAAGCCAGAGUGUUAUGCAAGCACCAAGCUUUACGUCCGAGAUGACACAUAAUACUCAACUGCUGUACUCACCCACAAAUGACUCACUUGUCAGUAAAAAUAAAACACUAAGGCCUUACCAUAGUCAGGGAAAUAGAACUGUUGAAAGAGUGACUGUGCCGACGACCAGUUAUUCUCAGGGUUGCAAACCUGCUUCAAAGAAAUUCAAGCAGCUCCCAGCUUCCCAAGCAGAGGAACAGAAAUAUCGAGUUCAGAAGUCGGAAAGAUCUGAGAAGAAUCUUGGCUGGGUCAAAGCGACCAACAGGUCGCCAGUGAAAAAGAGUCCUCCCAAACUGACAACCAGGAGUCUCCCUAAACCUUCACCAGUAAAGAGUUCUCAAGUGCAGUCAAAGAGAAGCACUCCGUGCUUUGUGCCACAGUACAGCAGUCCCAACUCAAACUCCACCGACUUGCUCUCAGAUAGGUACUGUCACUUGUGUCAUACCAGAUUGCCCAUGGACGCCAACGUGUACAAGCACAUUUUCGAAGUGCACAGCUCGUUGUAAAAUAAUCCGCCUUUGACGUGUAAGUCUCUGUGAAAUAGUUUGAUUUUGAACCAAAUUCUCCAGUGGUUGGAUGAGAAAAAUAAAGAAUUAAGUUGUGAUCAUGA